CUACUGCGGCACCGACCCAGACUACUGCGGUGUAGGCUGCCAAUUCGGCGCAUGCGAUGCCAACGCGACUGCUCCAAACCCAACCGCUGCCACAACCCCACCCGUGCAAAACGCCAGUAUCGUUGAGCCAACUGCUUCUGCAAGCACGACAGUCCUCAGCAUCGCAUCCACCACCGCUCUCGCAGACAAAGGCCACCAUCCUCCUCCCUACGCAUGGAGUCCCCCCCAAUACAGCAGCUCCUGGUGGUCGUCAAAGCACCUCCCAACCAGUACCCCAUCCCAACCGACGUUUUUCUCUCAGCCAGCGCCAGCCACAACCCUCGCGACUUCCUCCAGCGCUCCGGCCGACUCCACCACUGCAAUAGUAGCGCCCACUUCUUCUUCUUCUUCUUCCCCAUCACCAGAAGAACCUUUGACUACCGCACAACCCACCUCUUCCUCCUCCCCUCCACCCCCAUCCUACUCCUCUCCAUCUUCUGGUGGCGGCGGCACAGGUCUCGGCAACACCUACAAAAUGUACACCGGCGACGGAACCACCCAAUCCGGCUGGCCCUCAGAAUCCUCCUGGAUGUCAUUCGACGAAGCCUGGACCUCCAACCUCCCCACAAUAAAAUCCUCCUGCACGCAAUUCCACACCGAAAACAACAGCGACGAGGAAACCUCGAAUCUCAAAUCCUCCAUCCUCAGCGUCGCCUCCUCCACAAACAUCGACUCCCGCUUCAUCCUCGCAAUCCUCAUGCAAGAAUCCAAAGGCUGCGUGCGGGCUCCAACCACAACCUACGAAUUCUCAAAUCCGGGAUUGAUGCAAUCCUUUCAAGGCACACACACCUGUAACCCCGGCACCCAAGCCGCCCCGCAGGGCGUGAGUCCUUGUCCUCAAAGCGAAAUUCUAGGUAUGAUUGCAGAUGGAGUCAACGGCGCGGGGUCCGGGGGCACGGAUUUGGUGAAUUCGCUGCAGAAAGCGGGGUGUGAGGAUGUUUCGAAGUAUUAUAAAGCCGCGAGGAUUUAUAAUUCGGGGAGUGUGACGGGGGAUGAUUUGGGACUGGGGGUGGCGACGCAUUGUUAUGCGGCGGAUAUUGCGAAUCGGUUGACCGGGUGGACGAGUGCGACUUGUCUUUGUACGCUGGAUGGGGGAGCGUGAGAUUUUUUGUUUCCCUCUUUUCAUGAUGAUGGGAUGGAUGAGUUGCACAGGACAUGCGCGAGUGCACAGCGAGAUGGCUACUUGGUCAUGGUAGAUUCAUUGUACAGGAAGAUUUUCUGAAACGGCGACAGCCCGCUUUGAGACGCGGUGUGCAGAGAACAGAACGGAAUGAAGCGACAAUUUCGAACUUCGA